AUGACAACUAUUUUAUUUGCUGCUAUUCCUAGGCAGGAGCGGGUCCGGCAGCUGCUAAAGCCAUCACCGGAGACUAUCCUGAACGACAGCCUCUCCCUCUCGAUGUGGUUUGCUGCUCGUGGCAGGGGCCGUCUUAUCUGCUCCGGUGAAUGCGACCUCAACGUCCUACCCGAGCUCUACACGUCUCCGAGCUGGCUGUGUAGGAAAGACCACCUCACACCCAACCCACGCGCCCUCAUUCUCAGCAGUCAACGAUCCACACUGCGAUUCGUUGCCUGCUGUCAGCAAGCACAAUCUUCAACCCUCUGA